GCAUGUAUCUGAGAGUGAGCAGAGGUAGCAUGGUAGGAAAAGAAAGCAGAACUGAAGAAUGAAUUAACAAAUGCAGAAGAAUCUAAUUCACACAAGGAUCAUACUUAUGCUGUUUUUGAGAAUUUUUAAGCUUUUCUUUACGAUUCAUGCUUCGAUUGAAACAUCCUCGAAUAAAAUGACAUAUAAUGAUCAUUCUUGACGCAGCGAGGCUAGCGCAAGUGGCAACAAACAAAGAUGGUGGAAGGCGAGAGCUAUGUUCGAAGGUUGCUUCGAUUACUCCAAUUUUUAUCGAAAUUGUCUGCGACAAUGGAUUGAUUUUUUAAAGCCUAUGAAAUUCUGAGUUACGGACCGAGCUGCUCAUAGGAGUUUAUAACUGCAGUGCUUUCAAAUAUAGGUACUGGUAGGCCUAUCUUAGUUUUGUGUGUGUGAUGGCGGUUAAUUUCCAAUCCCGUUCUGCGACAUCGAAAAAAUUCUCACCGGAGUACAAGACAUCGCUGUCAGCGAUUGAAAAUGUCUGGAGCAACAUUGCCUCGACGAAAGAAAACCUUGAUGAUGUAGAUAGAAGAAUUAGGACUGCUGGAAAUAUUGAUGACAUAAGAAGAUUCCCACCUUCAGAAAGAGUAAGUGGACCAGUGAAAAAGGGUUUCACAAGAAAGUAUAGCAAACCAAAAAAGGGUAAAGUGGUGAUUGAUCCCAACCCAACAGUCAAAUACAAGGAGCCAGAAGGUGAUUAUGAGUAUGAGGAAUCAGAUAACUUUGCUGUUAUACAGACAUUCAAUGCUUACAGAUCCAACAGUGAAAAUAUAGACCAAUUUGUGCCCAGAAGAAUCCCCUUGUUGGAAGAUCAAUAUGGUUUCACAGCCAAAAGCAACAUUAAAGAUGAUUUUGAUUAUGAUCCUGAUGAUGUCUUGGUCAAUGACAGGCCAAUCACUCCGAAAGUUCCAAGGCUGGAUACAUCUGGUAGCAGCAGGAAGUCCCUUUUAGGAAAUAUCAAGGACAGUGGAGCAUUGCAGAAAAUUCGAGAUAAAAUAAGGCAGCAAAAGGAGAACUUGGCGAAUUUAGACCUUGAAGCCUUUCCAUCAAAAUCAAGGCACUAUGAAGAUGAUCCUGUUGUGGCAAUAGAUACUAGACCAAAGGAGCCCAUGAAACGUAAAACAGCAUCAUCAUCAUCCACUGCACCAACUUACAAAGGAUUCAAUCUACCAAGAGCCAAAGAAAAUGCAGCACUCAUUCAAACUACAGCUGAAGCUCAGAACAGAAGGCUAGCCACUCACAAGGAAAGGAAAGAAAGAGUUGGGUUAGAUCAACCAAGGGGAAAGCCACUGUCAAAAUCUAAUGCUCGUGACAGGAAGAAAGGACUGAAAAAAGAUCUCAAAAGAUCACCUGGUAAAAUGCAAAGGAUAGUUGCAGCCCAGAAGCCAGUCCCUUCAAUCUCAACUACCUCCUGGCGUGUAGGCCAAGAGGCAGUUAAAAAGGUGAUGCAAGCGAUGAAGGAUUCUAAAAUUUCGGAAGUUAACAAGGAGAAAGGAAAGGGUGCUCAGCUAAAAGACAAAGCGAACGAUUUUGAAAAGGAGAAAGGGGGACAGGAUGGCUACAGUGACCAUGAUGACGAUGAUGGCCUAAGUGAAAUGGAAGACGAAGAUACCAAAACAAAAGACACGGAUGCUCGAUCAGCACAAAUGUCCGGAGACUAUAAAACCGAUUCUGCGCGUUCAGAAAAUACCGAAUCAAAGACAGCGAAAUCAAGUGAAAGAGGUGUGACGUCACACGAUGAUCUAACCGAUGCCACUGAUAGUAAAAGUGGUGAAGAAGAAGAUUUGAAAAAGAUCAGUGAAGAUUUAAGGAAUCACGAGGACCUUCCAGAAGAGGCGAAAAGCAUGCUUGCUGAUCUAGAAAUGGAUUCAUCAGCUGAUGAGAACGACCCAUUUUCUAAGGAUGAGCCGGUUAACGAUAUACCGGUUAAGAAAAGCCCAACUGCAAGAAAAAGGAUCAAACGAAAAGCCGGACAGACAGGGCAAAAUAAAGAUGAAGCAAAAUCUAGCAAGUCGAAAAUUCGCCACUACAAUCAAGAAGAAAUCCAGAACUACAUGGCCAAGCAGCUUGCUGAACGAAAGAGAAGAAGAAUGCAAGAAAAGAGGCGACAGCAGCAAUUGAAGUUUGAGCAAGAACAAAAACUGAAGGAGCUCUAUAUGAAGCAAAAAACAAAUCUACGGGCGAGUAUCUCUGUAAGACAAAGCAAACUAAUGGGAUCUACAUUUACCAAGUCAAAUAAAGGCGAAGAUUGGGCAAAGUUAAGUCAGGAUAAGUUUGAGUCUGAUACUGCAAUGAAACUGCUGCGAGAUGACAAUGGAGUCAGUCUGAACGAGACAGGCAGUGGCCGCCAAGACGAUGACGUAAAUGUGCCACCAAUCUCUCCUCCAGUUGGCGAGAGCUCAAAAAGAGACGUUUCUGGUGAUGAACUCGACGACAGCGUUGCCGAUGAAAACGAGGAGCGAUUUAAGGAUUCGCUGGAAUUUGAAAAGAUCGAGAAUGACAUGUAUGGAAUAAGUGUCACUGUGAGAAAGACGGGAACUGACUCCCCUGUUGAGGCUAGAUCCGAAGAUGAAAAACCGAAGUCUGAGCCAUUUCGUUCUGUCGAAGAAGAGGUUCGAGAUCUUCUCGAAAAAUAUAAGUCAAGCAGGCAGCCGGUUUCAAGGCCACCAAGUGUUACUAAAGUUGGCUCGUUAGAUCCCGCCAAAAUGUCAAAAGCAGAGCGUAUUGCCGCUAUCAGUGCAACUGCGACCUCGCUGAGAGAAAGGCUUGCAGCUGAAGCUAACAGACUGGCAAAUUUACGUGUACUUGCCAAUAAGGAGAAGCCCCCGGCAGCAUCACCUGUGCCUUUGUCUGGCUUCAGUCAUAUCAGUGAAUUCAGGGGUGUGCUACCAGGUACGGCAAGUAUCCACGAGCAAGCAAAGACCAAUGAAGAACUGUUGGCCAAGGAGGAGGCUGCGACAAGAAUUCAAGCAGCUUAUCGAGGUCAUAGCAUCAGGCAAGGGCUUACCUGGAAACUGCCCUCGGGAAAAACUUUGGCAGCUACUAUGCGCGAGGCGAGGGAGAAGACAACUGAAAACAACCUUUACAGACAGCAGCUUACAGAUCGUAUGGAGCCGUCCUCGGUUGGGAGUUAUAGCUCUGCAUUCGAGGCUAGUUCAGCAGUUGAUGCUGCUAAUGACAAGUCUGUUUUCUCUGAUAAGACCAGCACAAUGUCGUUGAUUAAGGAAUCGAAAAGACCAUCUCCUGCGAAGAGUCAAAGACCAAAGUUCGAAAGCCUUCGUGGAAAACAGACCAAGGUGAACGAGGACAGCUUUCUGAAGAACCUCACAGGAAAGGCGCAGGAAAAGAAGGGAGAUAGAUACAGUGUUAUCAAUAUUUAUACUAGAAGGUUGAAGGAAGCAAGUAAGAGGCAUUUGGAGGAGGAAGGGGCCUACACUUCACCCGAGAAGAAGGAAAAGGAAGAUUUUUCGCACAUUGGUCACGAUAGUUUGCAAGAACAGCAUUACGACGAUGCAGAUUUUGAUAGUUUUGCAUCAACAAUUAAAUCAGAGUCAGAGAAUGAGGAUAAUGAAGUUGAUACAUUAGCUGAUAUCAAGGGAGAUGAAGGUGUUUCAAAAACACGUUCCUCGCAGAAACCCUCACUCUCCAAUGAGGAUUCUCAUGAAGAAACUUCGGAAGAUCUAGACAAAACACUGACCUUGUUGCCAGAAGACGUGACGCAGAAAGAAGCCAGCGAGAAGAUCCAUUCGUACAACAGUGAUGCGGAUGAAUCUAUUACGUCACAUGCUGAUGACAUUUCCCCCGCAAGAAGCCUGGCUUCGUUGACAGACGGUAGUGUCGACUUUGCAAAGGACCCUGUUAUGUCAUCAACUAUGAGAAAUCCAUCGAUUAGCCACGCUGAAAGGAGAGCACUAAAUGAACAAGACAGCUCUCUUACAACCACUUCUGCAGUCACAGAAAAAUUCUCGCCUGGUACAUUGGAAAGAAAAUUAAGGGCAGAGGUUAAUCAGCUUGAAACUAUGGACGAUGCUCUGCGCCAAGUAACAGACAUUGAAAGAGUCAGGGGUGUAAGUCUUGCCCAGCAGGAAACUGUUUCAUUGGCACAGAUUCUAAAGGCGAGACAGCUCGGUUAUAAACAAGAAAUGGAAAGGAUGUCUAAAGAUGCCAACGAGCAAGCCACAAGAAACGCAGAACAAGUUGCCACGGCCAAAGAAGCUGCAAUGAAAGCAACAGAAAGUGUGAACAAAACUCUAGCAGAGAUUCGUGCACAAGCAGCAGAAACUGUUGCAGAGUCAACUAGAAGGCUUGAAGAGGUUCAGAAGGAGGCUGCAAAAAGAGCAGAGGAAGCCGCUGAAAAAGUCGAAAAGGCCCAGAAAAUGGCUUCCGAUGUUGCCAUCGAAUCUGCAAAUCGUCACUCCAAUGAUGUGCAAACCAUGGCCACGAAUGCUGCUGCGGCUGCAGCUUCGUCCGCUGUGCAGGCUGCCAUGCAAUUCCACAGGGAACAGCUCGAGCAACUAAGAAACGAGGCACUCAAAAAAGUCUCCAAAAGCUACUCGCAGUCAACUUUUUCUUCAACGUCAACACGCUCAACAGAUAGCGAUCAAACUUUAACAAAUUCAACGGAAGGCUCGAAAAAAUCAAGCAGUCGUGAUAUAUCGUACAAAGACGACGACUUUGAAGAACCUUCUCCUCAGAAAAGCUCCAUAACUGAGAAAAUCAAAUCGAAAAAUGAAGCAACAUCCUCCAUUGUUGAAGAAUCAUUAAGUCGUUCUCUUGCUUCUAAGAAAAGCUUUACACCGACCAUAAGGGAGAGUAUUGGUAAAAGUAUUGCAGAGGAUAUCAGAGAAAGCAUAAAGCAAAGUUUGGAAAGCAGUGGACAAGACAAUACCAACCUCUCUAGAACCAGUGAGAUUGGAACUGAAUAUGAUAAACAUAGCACUCCUGCAAGGGAAAAUGAUAAGCUGCGACACGUUUUAGAUGAAUCUUUGCAACAUUCAGAGAUCGAGGAGCAAAGCUUCAAGAUUGAUGACAAUCUUGGGUCAUCUUUAACCGAAGAUGAACUUGACAGUGGGUUCCGUAUGGUCCUUCCUGUAAUGAGUCAUCGUAGAAAGAGCUUGGAAAAGGAAAAACGAUCUAAAAUCGACAAACUCUUAUCUGACAAUGGCACAUCCUCAGAUGAUGGGAAGCUUUCUCCGGAGUCUGCAUCAAAGCUUGCAGCCCGCCCGCCGUUUGCCGGUGAAGAUACCUUUACUAAAUUUACUGAUGAUAUGGUAAGGCAAUAUAUUCAAGAAGAGGAGAUUCGCAGCAAACAUCAAACUGCUUUGUUGAAGCUGCGAGAAAAGGCAUUGAUUGAGAAGGCGAAGGCGGAAAUGGCAUGGCUGGAGAUGCAGAAGACAUCGCUGAAGAGUAAAGGUGCUGAUGAUUUGAUGCCCCCUCUAAACAAGAAACAGCGAGGUCUGUGGAUGAAGUUAAAGUCCGAGCAGAGUGAGAUUCGCCGUUUGAAGCAAGCAUAUCGAGCAGCAAGCCACGAGAGAAGAUUUAUGCUUUACCAGCAAAAGGAGAUUGUGCGGUUAAAAGACGAGACGCAGAAGAUAUGGAGCAGAUUGGGGCAAGUUAAGGUGGCCAAAAGUCAAGAAAAGUCGCAGGAAUCAAUGGAAAAUGGCGAGAAAUCUGUCAGUGAAGUUUCAUCGAUUGGCUCAGUUGAUCAAACCAGUGUUGUUUCUGAUGGAACUGCAAAUAAUUUUGGUAGCGUUUCAUCGGCGAAUGCAAAACAGCUGAAAUCACAGUCUUCAUACACCAAAACAAAGACUAUGACGUCACCAAAGACACCAUCCACUGCUAAAUCUGCCGAAACAACAGCAGAGGUGCCAGAGGAGAUUCCCACAGAAGUGCACCCAGCCACAGAUGGGGGAAGCUUCCCGACAUAUACAAAUGCUACGCAGUCGCCAAAGAUGUCAGACGCGAGUCCGGAAAGCCAUACAUCAUCGAGGCAGGAAGAGGCGGAAAGCACAGCCGAUGAAGUUUCAAUAACAGAGCACACGCAAUCCAGCAUGGUCACCGAUCUGAAGAAACUGCGAAAGAAAGCCAGCGAGCAGUAUCUUAGAAAACGAGAGAGAACCCUGAAGGAUCGCCGCAGUCAGUUUGAGUCUGCGCUGAAAAACCAACGAGAGAUUGCAGAUUGGCAAAAACGAAUUGAGUUGGAGGAGCUGAGGCUUAAGGCGGACAUUAAGAGAGCGCUGGAUAAAAGCAAAAAUCGAAACCGAGUUUCGCCAACACCAAGUAAAUCUGCACGAGAAGAUCGCUCUGAAUCAUCUGAAUCAACAACGAUCAAAAGUCAAACAAACUCAGCAUCACGCACCUCAUCAACCAAAUCAAUGCUGAGCAAAGAUAAGUCUUCAGAAAGCGAUACAUCUCAAAUUGAAGAGAUCAAAAUGACCUCGAAUGAAACAGACAACGACAUCAUUGAAGAGAGCAUUGCCUCUGUUUCUCCAGGCAUCCAGAAAAGUUCUGACACUUCAAUUCCCGAGGAGUACGGCGAGGACACAUUCGAGUCACCCUCAGGGACGCGAUCCCAAAGCAAAAAGAUGACCUCAGUCUCAGAAGCUGCUUUGUCGCUCUCAUUGCAGGGCAAAACCAAAAAGAGGCAUACUAAAGAGAGCGAUGAAUCGAAAAGUGAAGAAGAGGUGUCUUUAGCAGAUGCAACGUCGGAUGCUAGUGAUAUCGAAAAAAGAAUCGGUCAGCUAGAAGACGAGCUUUUGAAGAGGCGUCGAGAUCUGGAUCGUAUCAGAAGAAAAAGAGAGAAAGACCAGUUGCGCAAGCAGGAACAAAAGUUACAACAGGAGCUACAGGCUGUUGAAUCGAUGAUUCAGCAAGAAAAUAAAGAAAACUUGCAUGGCGAGCGUUCUCUCAGCGAAUCAAACUCGUUUAUAAAAGGCCCUGUGUCACCGAAGAUCAUGUCACCAAAGAUUUUACAGCCCGUUAGUCAGCACGAGCAAGCUGGCAAAAAGCCAGUGAAAGACAAGGGUACAAAAAGCUUGAAAAGUGACGAGUUGCAAACCAGAAAAGAGCCAGACCUUGCCCAGAAAAUUGCCAGUCGAGUUAUUGAGCAAGUGAAGGAGAAGACAAGUAAGGAAAGCAGUCCGGAUAAAAAGGCUCGAAGUUUGUCAGAAGAGGUAGAUGCAUUAAGGAGGCUGAGCGAAAAGUCCAGUGAUAUUGAUGAUGUGGAGGAGGCAAAAGCAAAGAGUAGAAGUGAGGAGAAUGCUACUAGUGAUGAAGAAGAGAAAACUUUGUCAGUUGAGACAGAUAAAUCUGUUACUAGCAAAUCCCAAAGCUAUAGAAGUAAUGUGUCUUAUUCAUCAUCUCGUGAUCUGAUCUCUAGUAAGGAGUCAUCAAUAGCAAGCAGAGAGAAUCAUUCCUUAGUAAGAACUGUCAGUGAAAAGCUAUCUGUUGCCAAAGACUCUCCAAAAGCAGAUAUCCCGGAAGACUCUUUCGUAGAGGAACAGUCCCUGGCCGACCAGUCAGACAGUCUCCGAUCCAUAUCAGAGAGUAUCUUUUCUGAGAAGAGUCUGCAAGAGGAGGAGAAGUCGAGGAAGUCCCACAGCCAUUCAGAACGCUUACCUUCACAAAAGAAAAGUGAGAAAUCUGAUCGCUCUAUUGAUAUAUAUAAAGAUGACUUUUUUGAGACCUCAAGCUCGGUCAGUUCUGCAAAAACAGCCAAAAGUCUGGCUAGUGAAACGCGAGACAAAGAUGUUCCUGGAGUCGAGGCCAGCUCAGACUCGAUUAGUGACCUUGCUCGCCCUGAAGUUGAAGAUGAAGAAAAAUCGAUGCGUACAGCCACUAUAUCAUCAGAUGUUUCCCAAAGCAGUCUCAAAGAAUAUUCCUCACAAGCCUUAUCUAGAUUCGAGGGAUUCCGUGUCAACGACAGAGUUCUUAUUGAUGGAAUGCUAAAAGGGACAAUUCGUUAUAUUGGUAGGGUAUCGUUUUCACCAGUUGUUGUUGCUGGGGUAGAGCUUGAUGAAGCAGUGGGUAAUUCAGAUGGUGCAUUCCGUGGAAAACGCUACUUCACUUGUUCGAGUGAUUGUGGUCUUUUUAGUCCUGUGGCAAACAUAUCCCAUCUUGAAAGCAAGUCUGAUGAAAGAUCUGCAGGAAGAUCUGCAGGGAGAUCUGCAGAAAGUGAAAGAUCUGCAGCAAAACGAUUGACGGAGAAAAGUGAUCAGACUGACAGCAGUUUAAGUGAAUCUAUUAAGGAAUCUAUUAGAACGGACAUUGACGAGGAGAUGAGUCAGAGGUCAGAGGAAAGAAGUCAAAGGUCAGAUAGAAUAAGUCAGAGGUCAGAGGGAAAGAGUCAGAGGUCUUCAAGAGCUUUAUCUAUGAAUUCUCGUUCCCUUAGAGGUGAACAAAAAGAAUUUUCAUACAAGGAGGAUUUUGAAGAUGAAGGGAAGAUAUCAACAGAUAAAGAGGUCUCAUAUGGUGAUGACUUUGACGAAACAGAAGCUAAGGAAGACAGAGCAAUCAAAGACUUGAAGGAUAAGAGUCCAUCAAAAAGCGUUGAAGGCUCGAUGCCAAGUGGAAGGUCAAAGGUUGGUGAAAGGUCGCCUGAGAAAGAAACGCAAAAUGACAGUAUAUCUGAGAGAUUUUCAAUUGUCAAUGAAGAUGAUGAAGAGUCUCAAAUUGUAAAAGAUGAAUUGAAACCGUUUAGGGACAGCUUUAAGGAAGAUGGCAGUCUCAGAGAUGAAGUCCGUCCAUCUAGCCCUUUAACCUUAUCUGAAAUCGAAUCAUCUGAUGCCGAGGCUGUACCCCUUCCACCUAGGGUAGAUCUGAAUCAACUUGCAGAAAGUUUAACUGAAGGGCUUCUCAAAAAACUAUUGGCAGAAUCAUUAGCGGUAGCGUCUCCAUUGCUAAACCAAGAUCCACAAGAUCUGGAAAGUUAUUCACAAUUAAGUGAGAAAAAAGGCCACCAACUCAGCGCCGAAGUAAAAUCUAAGGAUAGUGGAGAGGAAGUCAAAGAUAAGAAAUCACCAGACGAUAUUUCAGAAGAACUUCCUUCCAGUAUUUCCGAGAAAUCGGAUGAUACAAUCAAACGCAUGAUAGGUCAUGCUCCCGACGAAGGAUUUGAUGCAAAUGAUAUGGAGGUUAGUGAAGUGUUUGUAUCCCCUGCUCGAGGUGAUAAGCUGCUUGAUAACGAUGUUGGGAUUGCUAGGCCAAACUUGCCAAGAGAUGCACACUCAUUGGAAAAGUCUUCUGUACCUAAGGAUGAAGGCUCUACUUUUGUUUUGACUGCAGAAGCAAGUGUAGCAACAGACAAAGAAGUCAGUAAUGUGUCACAAACAUUACUAUAUGAAGCAAUCGCGCAAAUGGCGCAGAUUUUUAAGCAGAAGAAAGCAAAGCUCCUUCUUGAAGACCAAAGUAAAGAACUCCAGCACAGUGCUGAUGGUGAUGUGAGGCUGGAAAGGGCAGAUGAUGUCAAGCCUAUCCCUAAGGCAGCCAAGGAACUGCCUAAAAUGCCAGGAAGCAUGUUAGGAGAUUUGCCAAUGCUGUCCACCUCACCCCCUGAAUCGCAAUCCCCAAAUGAAUUCGACUUGAAUAAACCAACAUCGGCUAUCGAUACUGACUUACUGGCGGCAAAGCUUAGUGAAUUGAAAAGGAUGGACCAAGAGAUUGAUGACUUGUUAGGCGAUGAUGAUUCUGAUGAUGACGAACCAUUUGCACCAAUUGGAAGUAGAAGUAUUCCAAGCCUUGAUAGCGAUGAACCGGGUUUAAUGCCACCGGUUCGCGUUUUUGACUUUGGCGAACCAAUAAUUUAUGUUCCAAACAAAGUGCCUGACAUACGACAGCUCGUUAGCGAUUCAGCAAACAUUGUUGAUUCAAAUCUUGCAGUAGGCCAGGAUUAUGACGAAAUUUCGCCAGAUGAACAAUACCUUCGAAAUGAUAUCGAAACUUUAGAAAGUGAGCUAGAAACUACCAGUAAAAAACUCUUCAAAAGAAUGAUUUUUGAUGUGACAAAAGAUUUACUUAAAGAAGUUCAUGAAUUCAAGGAGUUUCAAAAAGCAACAAAAGAACCUUUUUCAAAACCAAACCGGCGUGUUUUCCCAAAAUUUAUCCGACAGGUGCAUCAUCUCGUUGGUGAAGAACUUGUCGAAACAUUAGAGAACCAUGUUUGUGUUUGUCUAGGUUUGAAAAAUGGCAGGCCUAGCCUGGAUGUUUUGAAGAAGAGACUACCACUGAAUACUGCCAAAAAAGACUAUAUUGAUGCGAUUUUGGUUGAAGAACUUCGAGAGGAAGAGCCUCAGUGGGUUAACUAUGACGAGGAUGAAGUUUGCGUCAAAGAUCAAUUGACUGAAGGAAUUCUAGAGAAUCUUCUGACAGAAACAAUUCUCGUUCUAAACGAUAUUGAAUCAAAGAGGACACUUUAAAUUCGUUUUACAUUUAAAUCUAAUGUCCAGUGUUUCAAUUCUUCUUGUUUAUAAGAAUAAGAUAAACAACUCGACUUGUUUUGGGAUAAACAAUUUUGCAAAUUAACGUAAAAAGGAAAUAUUGACUCGAUUACCAAUAGAAUUUUGGUUGGUUUCCUAUAGCUUUACAUGGCUAAUGUGGUUUGUAAAUGCAUCGUACCCAAUUAGAGGAAAUGUUUAAAGGUAGGACAUGUUAACAU